AUGGACAAGCCAUUUGAUUUGCCUCCAAAUAUCACUGACUGGACCAAGGAGCAUGUGAGAUAUUGGGUUACAGAUUGUCUACAGAUUGAGCAAGAUGAAGCAGAUAUUCUGUACACUCAGAAAGUGAAUGGGAAAGCAUUAAACGUGUUGUCAAAAGAAGACUUUCAGAACAUGAAGAUUUCUUAUGGUCCAGCUGCUAUAAUAAUUCAUGAACGGACCCAGAUGACCAAGGAUAGAAAGCAAGGUCCAGCAAAUCCUGAUAGAAAAGGUGUAGAUGGGAGGAAGGACCCAACAAACAAACCGACAACAAAUAAAAAUGAGAAGCAAAAAAGAGCAGAUGCAGCAACUUUGAAUGAAGAUGAGCCAAGAGAAAUCUCAAAUGUUACUGAAGAGCAGCCAUGUUGUUCAGAAGUUGAUGUCAAAUGCCGAAAAGUGACGUGUACACCCUACCCUUUUGAUAGCACUCAUGAAAGCAAGCGGUAUACUCAGCACCAUUUUCUAUUACCAGAAGCCGGCACCUCUAAUUAUAUUGACCCAGUGCACGAGUACAAGGAAUUUACCAACACAGGAAAAGCCACAGAGGAGGAUAAAAAGAUGAAAUUUUGCAAUGAAGUUUUCAGGUUUGCAGCUGCAUGCAUGAAUGCCCGCACCAAUGGAACCAUCCAUUUCGGAGUACGGGACAAACCACAUGGGGAAAUUAUCGGUGUUCAUAUUGCUGAAAGAGAACUUUAUGGCAUGUAUCUUUAUCAAAUGAUCAACAAAUAUUUUGAGGAAAAACAAUUUUCAAUAGCCAAGCAGUGCAUUCGCCCACCUCGAUUUGUUGAUGUAUUGCAUCAAGAAAACACACAGUCUGAUCUAGUUGUUAUAGAAGUUGAUGUAGUUCCUGAACAUGCAUACUGUAGUUCACAAAUAUUUCACACUUACCAAUACAGUUGCACUGACCAGAAGUGGAUGAAAAAUAAGGAUCUCUGUUGCUUUGUACGAGACGGGGAGAGCUCUAAAGACAUUCUAGCAAAUGUAAAACACAAGGAUGCCGACUUCAAAAUGUUUUACUCUAAGAUGAUAGAGAGGGACGAGGCCAGGAAAAAAGCAGAAGACAACCAAAGAAGAAAACAAAACAAGAUGCUGGAACAAGGCAACAAACUUGUAAGUUUAAUAACAGGAAAUCGGGACACAAUGGACAAUUCUUAUUUCAAGUGGUACAUUUUGGUAGCAAAUAAAUGUCAUGAAAGUCAUACAAAACAUAUGGAGUUUCUGCACGAAAUUCCAUGGUUUGCUGUUCUGGAUUUCGAUCCUGAUUCUUGCACAAAUGGUUUAUGCAAAGUUUACAGAGAAAAGAGGGUGGCCAAUCUGCAUUCUCCACGUCAGUUUCAAAAUAUGGAUAAUGUCACUGUUGAAAAGCUUGAAGAGCAAAAACUCUGCCAACAAACCAGUUGGAUCUUCUGUAAUGGAAGAAAAGAUCUUAACAGUCAUGAAUAUAAACCAUUAGACAACAAAAUGUGGCAUAAGGAGAAAGCGUCAGAAAUUAGGCGCAUGAUUUCUUUUCUUUGCAGGAAGGAUUUGAUGCAACCUGGGAAAUUUUUGGUUGUGUUUUUGUUGCUUUCCACUGUUGAAGACCAAGUGGAUCCCAUGAAUGAGGUUUUCAGUGCUUUUUACCAGGAACUGAAUGGUAUGACGAACAUCCUGUGUAUUUGUGAAAAAGAACAAAUAUUUUGUGGAUGGAGAGAUUUGCAAUCUAGAAUUAUAUCUGAAGAGGAAAUGGACGAAAGAUGUGUUUAUAACUUGAGCAUUGAGAAUGUAAAUGGAACUCUUCUAAAACUGAAAUCCAAUACACGGUCUUCGAACCGAUUCCUGCCAUCUCAUGGUAGAUCGUCAAUUAUUCUACAGAGGAAAGAUGAGGAUCUUAUGACUUUUCUAGACAUCCUUUGUAUAAAUCAAUGCCGUGAUACAGAACAAGAGAAGAAUAAAACAUUUAGAGAAUUUAUUAAAGCUAAAGAAGAACAUUUCUACAGAGGAGGCAAAGCCACUUGCUGGAAUUUUUACUUCUCAUCAGAAAAAUACACUGGACCCUUUAUUAAAAGAGACAACUAUGAAAAGUUAAGACAUUUGGUUAAAUCCUCUAACAGUGAGAAAAGCAGCGUAAAAACAAUUACUGUCUAUCAUCAUCCCGGUUGUGGAGGAACUACUAUAGCAAUGCAUGUACUUUGGGAACUGCGAGACACAUUCCGAUGUGCAACUUUAAAGAGAAAGACAGAUAACUUUACAGAUAUUGCAAAAGAAGUAAUCAUGUUAGCAACUCAUGGAUCGACUAACGCAGUGGAUCAUUAUCCAGUUCUGCUUUUAGUAGAUGACUUUGAAGAAGAAGAAAAUGUAUUCAAUUUGCAGAGCUGCAUCAAGGCUACCAUUGCAGAAAGAUCCAUCAGAUAUGAGAAACCAAUAGUGAUCAUUUUACACUGUAUGAGAUCUCAGAAUCCAGAAGAAAGCUCCAAAACUUACUGCACAAAAAGUGUUGCUCUGAUUCACAAACUAUCUGAAAAAGAGAAGAGAGCCUUUGAGAUAAAAUUAGGGGAAAUUGAACAAAGUCAUGAGAAGCCAGAAGACUUUUAUUCCUUCAUGAUUAUGAAAAGAAACUUUGAUGUUACAUACCUAGAAAAUGUGGCAAGAAACAUAUUAAAAGGUUUAAACAAUGCAAGCAAAGAAGCUCAGCUUAUUUCGAUUCUGGCCCUCCUAAACAAAUAUGUGAAUGACUCCACAAUUUCGGUUUCUAUGUGUGAGGAGUUGCUUGGCAUAACAGCAAAACAGACCUUCUGGGGCCCUGAAAGCAUAGAAGAAAAACUGGGUGGCUAUUUUCCUCUGUUACUUCGCACUGAAGUGGAAGAAUAUGGAGGCUACCAAGGGCUACGCAUAAUUCACCCACUUAUUGCAAGACAAUGCGUAGAGGAAUUAAGGAUCACAUAUGGAAUGCAGCAAAGUAGCAUCAUGUUGAACAUGUUAAAAGCCAAUGUAUUCUAUGAAACUAUGAUUGGAAAAGAUAUACUUGCAAAGAAUGUGCAAAGCAUGCUGGUGACAAGACAACGUAAGGAACACGGGGAUGAAACAGAUACACAAUUUUCUCCUUUAAUUGAAGAAAUAGAGAAAGGUGAAGGCCACAAAAGUGUAGAAAGAGUUUUCAAAGAAGGAGCUAUAAGAUUCAACCAGAAUCCAUUCAUAUUACAAGCACUGGCAAGAUAUUUUUAUUUAAGGGAGAAAGAUAUUGAUGCAGCGUUCCAGUGGGCAAAGAAAGCUAAGAAAAUGUCUCCAACAAAUUCUUUCAUUUUAGAUACUCUGGGUCAGAUUUACAAGACUCAAUUAAAAAUGAUGAUAGCUAAGCAAAGCAAAAUGUGUUUAGAUGCACAAGGUUUGAAAAAUCUUCUGGAAAUAGCAGAAAAUGCAUCAAAAGCCUUUAAAGAAUGCCAAGAACAGACAGAAAAGGCAGAGUCCGAAAGCGAUGAGUAUGAGUCAGCAAAACUCAAAGGUUCUCAUGUGCACAACACUGUAGGGUACCUGGGCCAGAUAGAAGUUUGUCUUUGCACAGUAGAUAUACUUUUUCUGCUGCCAUGGUUCAACACAAAAGAUGGCAUAUCUAGAAGACACUUGAGGCAAUUCCUAUCUGGGAAAUGGGACAUAUCAGUGGACAACGUCAGUAAAAGCCAUGAGGAAAUCUGUGGUGUGUUACAAGACUCCAGACACUUUCUAACCAAGUUAAAAUCACACUUAAAGGAGACUUUUGACUUUUUUGAUGACUAUUUUGUGUUGUUUAAACAGAAGAGCCUCACAAAAGAAACCUUUGAAUGCAGAAUCCGAGAAAUCAUUGAUUAUUACUACAAAAUAUACAGACGAUUAUUCUGUACAGUUGAACAAUUACCAGAUAGCACAAUUGUCCAAAAAAAGAGCAUGCCAUUGCUCAUACAAGAUUACAGAUUAUGUCUGGAGUUUUACAAGGCUGAUAAAUUCUCCGGAAUCUUGCAGUAUCUUAAUGGUCAUGAACAAGAUGUAGUAAAAAUGGAAUCUAUUGUAAAUUUAUACAAGUUCCUAUUGGAGAAAAGCCCUGACACUUGCAGUCAAAGAGACAAACAAAAUUUCAUAUUGGCAAAUAUUGUGCUUCAUUGUAUCUCUCCAAAAUCUGACAUUGCACCAAUUGAAAAACUAAAAGAGUAUCUCAGAGAGGUUCUGCAGACCAUCGGCUUUGAUCAUAAGUCCUCAGAGCCUUACUUUUUAGCCUCAUUACUUUUCUGGCCUCAAGAGAAGUAUCAGCUGGAUAGUGAUUCCAAACUCAUUGCCAAGUGUAUCAGCUCCAUGAGAAAAUCAUCUAGGGGGCAAUAUCGACACAUGCACCAUGCCAAGUACCCAAAAGCCCAAUUUUACCUAGCCAAUAACAAGGGCUUGAAAAGAUUUGUUCACAAAGGAAAGAUCGACCAAAGUUUUUCUGAUUUGCCACCAUUACAUUUAAAUUCCCUCUGGCAAGGAGGAGAACUAUGGAAAGAACCUGAAACAAAGGGCUUGCUUUCCCGUGUCCAAGGUAGAGUUGAGGAUGACUCUAUCAUUGUGGAGUAUGGCAGUGAUGAAAGAGUUACAAUUCCAGUAAGAGCCGCUCACCUUGGAGAACUCAGAAGUGGUAAGAGCAUUGAGCAAGUGUCUUUCUAUCUCGGAUUUUCAAUUGGUGGCCCAAUAGCUUAUGACAUUGAAAUAAUGCGAAAAUAG